AUGCCUGGCCGAGUCGCUGCCCGUUCAGCCUCCACGACCACUCGCAGGUCAUCAGCGCAACCCUCUACGGGUCGUGCUCCCUCCGUAACCCCGGCCUUUACAAUCCCAGAGGAACCUGCGCUUCCGGAAGCCCUGCCAAAUCUCCGCCGCGAUGUAUGCGCCAUAUUCGCCGAUGCGCAAAGAUCAACUACCGGCCAUCGCAAGCUUGUAGUACGACUGCGCAAGCUGCAAGAGAUCGCUUGUGGGGUCGUUCAAAACAAGAAGAAGGGAAACAAUGAGCAACAGGAGGAAGUUGUGCUCCCAGAAGAAGAAACCCUCCCAGAGAAAGAGUUCAAUGUUGAAGUUGGCCGGUGCAUGCUCCGGAUUCUUCCAAUCAAGAAGUCAGAGCCGGUCGGCGAUCGCGUUUUGCGCUUUAUGGGAAGUUUCCUUGCACAUGCAUCCGAGAAGGAUGAGGAGUUAUUCGCAUCGAAGGAGGAUGACGAUGAUAUGGAUACGUCUCCAGAAACACCAACCGCCCGUUUGACCUCCGCCAUUGUCGCCUUGAUGAUACCCCUCCUCUCCGCAAAAGAUAAGAUGAUCCGAUUCCGCGCUACUCAGAUUAUCGCCCACAUCGUCAAUACCCUGGAAUCAAUCGACGACGAGCUCUACCAUACGAUCCGCCAAGGCCUCUUGAAACGAAUCCGUGACAAGGAGUCCUCUGUUCGAGUCCAAGCCGUAAUGGGCCUUGGCCGAUUGGCUGGAAACGAUGAAAGUGAAGACGGCGAGGACAGCACGGCGUUGCUCGAGAAGCUGAUCGAAAUCAUGCAAAACGACGCAAGCGCAGAUGUCCGCAAGAAUCUUCUUGCAAACCUUCCUCUUUCCGCUAUUACCCUCCCAUAUUUCCUCGAACGAGCUCGCGAUUUGGAUGCGCCCACUAGACGCACAUUAUACUCUCGUCUUUUGCCUACAUUGGAGGAUUUCAGACAUCUGUCACUGACCAUGAGAGAGCGACUGCUUCGUUGGGGCUUGCGCGAUCGUGAUGAGGGUGUUCGCAAGGCAACCGCAAAGCUCUUUUAUGAUCGCUGGGUCGAGGAUUGUGCUGGCACGAACAAGAUCGAUAACCAAGCCGAGGAUGGUCAACCCCAGCCUACAGCUAAUCAGCGGUCUCCACCCAACAUGAAUGCUCUUUUGGAGCUCUUAGAGAGAAUUGACGUGGUGAACUCUGGCAUGGAGAACGGCAUUGCCCAUGAAGCAAUGCGAGGCUUCUGGGAAGGCCGUGCUGAUUAUCGCGAAGCUGUUAAUUUUGACGAACCCUUCUGGGAGUCUCUGACCGCAGAAUCGGCUUUCCUUUUGCGGUCUUUCAAUGACUUCUGCCGUGUUGAAAAUGACGGCAAAUAUGAAGGCCUUGCAGAUGAGAAGAUGCCGGAAGUUACUGCCCUCGCUUAUUACCUCACUAAAUAUACAACCGAUCUGUUGCAGCGAAAGAAGACUGCCAAGGAAACCGGAGAUGCCAAUGAUGAAGAAGCUGUUGAGCAUGAAUUCAUUGUUGAGCAGCUGCUACAUAUUGCCAUCACUUUAGACUACAGUGAUGAAGUUGGCCGGCGGAAGAUGUUCGGUCUUCUGCGUGAGUCUUUGGCUGUUCCUGAAUUGCCCGAAGAAUGCACCAGACUUGCAGUGGAAACCCUCCGGUGUGCCUGUGGACCAGAUCGCGCCGGCGAGAGCGAGUUCUGCAGUGUUGUCCUUGAAGCUAUUGCUGAAGUACACGACACUAUCGUUACGGAAGACAGCUUCGUCUCCGCUAAGUCUGAGAUCAGCGAUGACACAAGCAGCCGCCACCGAUCUGAAACGCCAGGAGAUGAGGAAGAUGUUCCGUUUAACAAGGAGGAGGCUAAGGCCAAAAUCCUCAAGGAAAUCGUCGUGAACAUGAAAUGUCUCCACAUUGCUCAAUGCAUGCUCCAGAAUGUCGAGGGCCAUCUGCAGCAGAACAUAAAUCUUGUCACCAUGCUGAACAACCUGGUCGUACCCGCUGUCCGAAGCCAUGAAGCACCCAUUCGUGAGCGUGGUUUGUUGUGCUUGGGGCUUUGCUGCUUACUCGACAAGAACCUUGCCGAAGAGAACAUGACGCUUUUUAUCCAUUGCUACAGCAAGGGUCACGAGGGUCUUCAAGUGACUGCUCUUCAAAUUAUCUGUGACAUGGUCACCACUCAUCCCUCUUUGCUUGCCCCAGUCACUCAGUCUGAUGGCGAAACCGUCACUACUCCCCCUAUCCAAAAGCCUCUCCUCAAGGUCUUCUCCCGCGCGUUAAAAGCAAACUCACCACCUAGUGUGCAGUCUGUAGCUGCUACCGCCCUUUCGAAGCUCCUGCUUACCAACACUUUCACCCCAUCUGGGCCUAAUGUUCCCUCUGGAAUUCAGGAAUAUAACGAAAAUGCAGUAGAAACGCUUCUUCAGGCUCUUGUGGUAGCCUUUUUCCACCCACGCACAAAGGAAAACCCUGCUCUUCGACAAUCCCUGGCUUACUUCUUCCCUGUCUACUGUCACUCUCGGGUAGAGAAUACAAAGCAUAUGCGCCGAAUUGCAGUACCGGUGAUUCGGGCUGUCAUGAACGCCGCCGAGGAACAUUAUUCUCUUGAGGCUGAGGAAGAUAGUGAUGGAGAGAUUGACGAAAGCAUCGGAGAAAGAGAAAUCAAGACCCUUAUGACUGGCGUUGUGGGCAUGCUUGCCGAGUGGACUGACGAGCGCCGAGUUGUUGGCCUGGGUGGUGAGCGAGUGCUCGUCGGUGGAACUGCAAGCUCGACUGCUUGUGGCUGGGUCCACUUGGCUCUGGUGAAGGACAUCCUGGAGCGUGUCCUGGGUGUCAGCGCUGGCCCUAACCGCUGCUCGAAGGAAGAACGCAAGCUUUUAUUCUCCCUCUUAAGCAAGCUCUACAUUGCUGCUCCCACAGCACCCUCACGUUCGGGAUCCCGUGCACCGGACGGCGACGACUCGCAAUUCCGCACCAGCGUUCGCAGUAACACCGGAGUCGAAGUAUCGGCAGCCAAUCAAGAAUUGGCCCAGGAAGUGAAGGAGCUCCUGGACCAAACCAUUGAGGAAGGUUUGGCAGGAGAAGCAUCAAGCCGCAAUGCCUUGGUCAAGACCAAGAACUCUGUCCUGAAGAUCCUUGCCGUCGCCCAAGAUGCUCGGGCUGCCGGAGUGAGAUCUCGAGCAGGCACUGAGGACAUUGAGAGUGACGCCAGAAGUGUUCGGUCGGCAAGUGUCCGCCGCUCCGUCGAGCCUUCCGGUGUCCAACGCCGCCAUGUCUCAGUGGAACCAAGCAUCAUGGAAGAGGACGAAGCCGAUGCUAGUCAGAUAAGCUUGCAGGCUCCUGUUGCCGGUAUCGCCGCUGGCCGUGGCAUGGUCUCUGUUGAGCCUAGCAUUAUGGAAGAGGAUGAAGAGGAUGAUCAUGAUACUAGCCAUGGCACAGUGAUAAAAUCUGAAGUUGGCGAAGAGUGA